GAAGACAUUCAAAGGCUUGGCACUUCAAUGGAAGGACAAAAUCCGCCUCAACAAUGCCAUCUGGCGGGCCUGGUUCAUACAGUAUGUACAAAAGAGGAAGAAUCCAGUAUGUGGGUUCGUUACUCCAUUGGAAGGGUCUGAGGCUGAUGAGCACCAUAAACCAAAGGCGAUUGUGUUGGAGGGAAACUACUGGAAAAGACGGAUUGAGGUUGUAAUUAAAGAAUAUCAUAAAUGGAGGAUCUACUUUAAAGAAAGAUUAUCCAAGAACAACGAUGAUGGCCUGUCCAGCCUGAGAAAGCAGGAUAUCAUUACAAAGAAUGUGCAGAAAUGGUCAAGUGAAACUCUCAAGGAUUCAAUAGCUAUGAAAGAGGGGGAGCCAAUUCUCUGUGAUUUUGAUGAUCUCUUCUCUGAUAUCUCAGACACGCUGUUUACCAUGAUGGAGAAGACAAAGCCAUGGCCAAAUGCAGUGUACACCAGCAAUGCUGACAUCAUUCAGCCAGGUCUCACUCCCCUACAGCCUAACCUGGAUGGAUUGCUGGAUGUGCAAGGUUUGUUCACUGGUCCCCAUCAUCCACACUCAGCCAAUUCCUUUCCAGAGCACAGUCACCUUUCGAACUUGUCCACUAACCCCUUUGGAGCAGUAACCUACACUGUCCCAGCAGAAAAUAUGCUGCAUGGCAAUCAGCAUCCACAGGUAGACAUCCUCUCGGAUCCUGGGUUUACCCUGACCAUUAAUACAGCCGCAAUCUCCAACCAGAUUUUCCCUGGCUCCACAGUGUCUGUCGACAGCCACAAUGCUACUUCUGGCUCAAAAUUCCAGCCACCAGCUUAUUAUGAACAGAGACCAGGAUAUCUAUUUCCAGACAGCAUCACAGCUCAGUCUCCUUGCAAAGCUUCCUGCUGCAGCACAAUGCUGCCUGAACCAAGUUCUACAGUAAUCAGUCAGCAAGAACCAUUACCUUGUCCGAGGCCUCUUCAGAAUCCAAAAUACCGAUCUGGAACUGACAUGUUUCCCCCAGUCACCACUGGCUCUGCCCUAUCACCUUUCACCCAGCAAUGCUCAGCUUUAAGAUUCCCCCCAGCCAUGACCCUGUCUCCUUCAGACACUGGUCCAUCAACCUCUGUAACAGUUCCUUCUAUGCAACUGAAGGCUCAUAUGCAGCAAGUCACUUUACCCCAAGUACAGUCACUUUGUUUUGCAUCAAAGUGGGAACACAAGCCCGUGAACCCAGAAGAGGAGUCAUUUCCCUCAACUGCAUCUUCACAGACCCAAGACUUAAUACCCCUACUCUCAGCAGAGAAAUAUGAAGAUGGACCAUUAGCACAGUUCCGCCAUGACUUUGUCCCUUCACCAUCCAGCUGCCCGAUGGUGCUGGAGAAUGGUGCCAGUCACAAAUGUGGCUCAGGGAAACUGUCACUCACUGACCCAGGAGAACAGGAGUCAGUGACACAGUCACCACGUUCCACUGCAAACAGGAAAAAGCUCCAAAUAAACAAGUCUGUGACAAGACGGAUCAUUCACAUCUCCGCAGAGCAGAAGAGGCGUUUCAACAUCAAGCUAGGCUUUGAUACCUUGCACAGUCUGGUGACAUCCCUUGACUCACAGCCAGCUGUGAAGGUCAGCAAAGCCACAACGUUGCAGAAAACAGCUACAUACAUCACCAAGCUACAGCAAGAACAGGCACAGACACAGAAGGAGGCACAACGCAUUCGAGAAGAUAUUGAGAAGAUCAAUGCUGCAAUCAACAUUUAUCAGCAACAGCUGCCUGCUACCGGAGUCCCCAUCACUCAGCAACGAUUCAGACAGAUGAGGGAGAUGUUCAAUGAGUAUGUGCGUGUGCGGACGUUAUGCAACUGGAAGUUCUGGAUUUUUAGCUUCAUUAUUCGUCCUCUUUUCGAAUCCUUUAAUGGGAUGGUUUCCACAAGUAGUUUGGAUGAUCUUUAUCAGUCAGCCCUGGCUUGGCUGGAGCAGCACUGCUCCCUCCCUGCACUGAGACUCUCUGUGUUGAACUCCCUUCGACAACUGAGCACCUCCACGACAAUCCUAACGGAUCCAUCUCUAGUCCCUGAACAAGCAAUUGUGGCCAUGAGGGAUCCCAGUCGUCCUUAAUGUGUGACCCAGGCUCCAUCAACUUGAUCAUUUCUAAAAUGUCCUUGUAUUGUCUUUAUAACAUUCAGGGUUAAAGGACACUGUGUUCAACUAAUCUGUCUUUCGCUUAGUUGCUGAAUGUUUUGAUGAAAUUGCUUUUUAAACACAUGGCUGUCAUAAACCAGUUUGAUGCU